AUGGCGAUGAUUAUACCCCGUUCUUUCCAGCGGACUCGUCGCUCCUCACUUUUCAGCACCAAGAGCCCGCAGCAUGGGUUGUUUCUCCCCCCCUGUAUCUUGCAACAGAAGCGCUGGAGCACAAAUCAACCCAACAGUGUUGGAGGUGGCAACGACUAUCAAUUUGGUCCCAGCACCGACCUGCAGCCCCAACCGAGCACACAGAAAUGGGGAUUGAUUGAGGAUAUGGCAGCACUGGGGGGUGACCAGACGGGAGGAACCCGCGGGGGUGGAACGCACCACGGAUCGCCCAGGGCCGACGAUGGCAAUAGAGGGAGCAGUCGAAGAGGAGGGGGGAAACCUCCUGGGGGAGAGGACGAUACGAAACACAAAUUAAAAGGGACUGCAUGGAAAAUGUUUGAAUCUGCAGCCACAACUGGAGCAUCUCUCGCGAUAUUAGGAUUAGCCGGAUACACUUAUCACAAGUACUACAAAAGACUCGUCUUACAGAAAAUCGAUAAUGCGUUCAACCAGGGGGAUCCGGCAUUGAACAUGGCUACAGCUUGCUAUAGCGAUAAUGAGGAGCCAUGGGUAAUGUUAGAGGCACAAGACAAGAUCGAUAGCAUUGUAAGCGGAGAGGAGCAAGGGCACUAUUAUCUACUUAUUGGAGAAAAGGGAACCGGAAAAACAUCGAUGCUACUUGCUGCGAUGCACAAAAUUAAAGGCGAAGCUUGUUCUAUGAUGGAGGCCCAUGCAGACCCUGAAAUCUUCCGAAUCCGACUUGGCAAAGCUCUUGAUUUUGAAUUUCAUGAAGAUUAUAUCGGCUCCCUGUUUUCUAUCCGUGGACCUCGGGAUACAACGGCCCUCCUUGACAUCGAACGCGCACUGAACAAACUCGAAAAGGUAGCACUAAUACGCAGAAAGGCGACCGGUAAACCUCUCAUCAUGAUUGUCAACAGCAUGCAUUUAUUACGCAAUGACGAUGAUGGGAAAGAUCUGCUGGAACUACUACAACAGAAAGCAGAAUCCUGGGCUGCUAGUGGAUUGGUUACUUUGAUUUUCAAUAGUGAUGAUUAUUGGGUUUACGAGCGUCUAAAGCAAUAUGGGUCAAGAAUGGAGCUCAUAUCUGUUAAGGAUCUCUCCAAGGAAAAGGCUAUCACGGCAUUGAAAAAUUACAGGGCAAAAUACAAACAUGAAAUGGCAAGCAUGGACGUUUUAGAACGGGUGUACGAAUUGGUGGGCGGAAGACUUGCCUUCUUGAACAAAGUCGCUCGGGAAGAGGAUAUGAUUGCCAAGUGCAAGGAAAUCUGCGAAAUUGAGAAGACUUGGUUAUUGAACAAAUGCGGCCUUCUUGGUUCUGAGAUGGAUGAUGACGUCAUGGACCAACAGAAGUUUGCAUCUUCUGCCAUGGUUCUCGUCAAGCACCUAGUAGACAUGGAGCAGGCGGAUGCUGGUGAAUACAACCGUUACAAUCCCGAGAUUGGCCACGAAUUGCCUGAGGUACCUUUAUACCGGGCCAGACAGAUCAUGACCCGGGCAGAAUUCAUUGAGGAGUUUGACCACAUCAACAUUUUUACCAUUGAUUCCAAGGCACGUGUUAGAGCUGAUUCUGUGCCCAUGCAGAAUGCUUUCCGGGAAGUUUGCGGGGAACCUGGCUUUGCUCAGUACUUGGAAGAUACUCUUGAGAGAAUUAGUGACAUUGAGAGCUUGGGCAGAACAAAGGAAUUGACCAUCAAGGAUCUUUGGCAUGGCGGGAAAUACAAUAUGACAGUUAAAAACUACAGGGGCAAUAUUGAAAAAUCCAUACAUUUCGAUGUUACUUGUGGCGAAAAGGUGAAAGGGGAAGAGGAAGAUGAUUCUUAAGAUUUGACACUUGUUGGAUGUCACCACUGCCUGCACGUACACCAUCAGUAGCAAGCCUACACCCCAUACCUACGGUCAUUCUAGAUGAGCCCGGGUGCGGACCCACGUCCAUCUGCUUUCUUAGUCAGAGAAGCCCGUUUUCUUGUGAUAUAUUUCCUUCUCCCGCCCUCUUGCUCUUUUUCUCCUCUUGCCUUUCCUUUCCUAUCAAUAUAUAUAUAUAUAUAUAUACCAUGCCGUCCUUGUUUUGUAGCACAGACUCGUGACCGGCGUUUUGUUUUCCCUUUAGUUGCCUUGAUUCGUUUCGGCAUUGCGAUAGAGAUGGUGGAUGUCCUGUUCAUAUAGAGGUCUGGGAAUCGGAUGUUGAGGGUUACAGAUAAAUAGGGUUGACGAAAUUCGGCGAUAAGUUAAUCAAUAGUCACGCUUGCUUGCUUGCUUGCUUGCUUGCUUGCUUGCUUGCUUGCUUGCUUGCUUGCUUGCUUGCUUGGCAAGUGGAGAAA